AUGCCCGAGAAGCUCAUCGCCGUCGUCGGCGCCACUGGAAACCAAGGUGGCUCCGUCGCUCGCCGCUUCCUCGCCGCGGGGUACCGCGUCCGAGGGCUCACCCGCAAUGUCUCCUCUCCCGCCGCCACGGCGCUAGCAUCCCUCGGUGUGGAGGUUGUGCAGGCGGAUCUGGAAGAUGUAGACUCACUGAAGGAGGCCUUCCGUGACGCCAACGUCAUCUUCAGUGUGACGAACUACUGGGAACCCUUUUUCCGGCCGGACUGUCGCGCAAAGGCCCAGCAGCUUGGCAUCUCGUGCCGCAAGUACGCGUAUGAUGUUGAGUAUCGUCAGGGACGGAACAUUGCUGAUGCCGCGGCGGCAACGGUGGACACACUCGAUGAGAACGGCUUCUUGGUGUCGACGCUGAGUCACGCAGAGAAGUGUAGCGGUGGGAAGUUCAAGGAGCUGUACCAUUUCGAUGCAAAGGCCGACAUCUUCCCUGGCUACGUGAACGGGAAGUAUCCCAGUCUGGCUGCAAAGAUGUCGUGCAUCCACACGGGUUACUUCUUCACAAGUUACAAUAUCCUGCCAAACUCCUACUUCGGAAAGAACCCUGACGGCACGUUCACAAUGGCAUUCACCACUUCCCCGGAGAAGCCCGUGCCUCACUUCGACCCAUCCGGAGAUAUGGGCAACUUCACGUACGCCAUCUCUCAAAUGCCACCCGGCAAAGCCUACAUGGCUGAGGGAUCAACCUGCACUUGGCCCGAGUUUCUUGAAACAUGGGCUCAGGUGACGGGAAAGACGGCAACUUACAAGCAGGUCACCCCUGAGGAGAUGAUUGGGGCCACAGGAGAGCGCGAUACCGGCAUCGAAGUUGCGUACAUGUUCUCGUAUUCCUCGGACCCUGGAUACGAUGGCGGCAUGGACCUGUUGACGGCCGCUGAUAUUAGAAAGGCGGGCAUCGACUGCCAGUUGACUAGUUGGCGAGACUGGGCAGCUAAGAACGACUGGUCUUCUGUAUUAAAUAAAUAA